UCCUUCGCCCUGGCCGUGUCCCUCCGCCCCUCCGGUCCGUGCCCCUCCCCACCGACUUCCCCUAAAGGGGCGGGAGAGCGGGCGGUUGGAGGAGGGGCUGUGGUCGCGCGCUCUGUCCGUUAGCGUCCAGCUUCCACUAGCCAGGAGAGGGAAAGAGGGAGGGUCCUGGGAGCUCGAGACGCCUUGGGGGGGGAAGGAGGAGGAUCCGGUCCGGGCUGAAAAGUUGCACUUGAGCCGCUGCUGGAAGCUUUGUGCAGUCCACGCGGGGCUCGGGGGUUUGCUUUGGUCGUUUCUCCUUUCCGUUUUCACAGUGCCGGAGGAAAGGCGCGAUGGAAGCCCCCUUACCCCCUCGGGAGUCUGCGGAAUUCGUGGCGGUCCGUAGCCAAGAUGUAUUUGUUGAAAAAGCCGGAGUCGAUCGAGUGGCCGAGAUGCUGCUGGAGAAGGUCCCGGGCCGAGAGUUCGGCUUGGGGGGCUGGAAGUCCUUGCACGAGCUGAACCCUCAGGCGGCCGACGAAGACGCGGUCAACUGGGUGUUUGUGGUCGACACUCUCAAUUUCUCCUUUUGGUCCGAACAGGAGGAUCGCAAGUGUGCGGUGAAGUACAAGGGUAAAAUGUACAGCGGGUACUGGGCCCUUUGCGCUGCAAUCCACCGAGCCCUGGAUGAAGGAAUACCCCUCACUAGGGCUUCAUACUAUGCCACAGUUACUCUUGAUCAGCUUCAGCAUAUUUUGCGCUCUGACACAGAUGUGCCUAUGCCUUUGAUAGAAGAGAGGCAUCAGAUUCUCAAUGAAACUGGAAAAAUUUUACUUGAGAAGUUUGGAGGGUCUUUUCUUAACUGUGUUCGCAAGAGUGACAAAAGUGCACAAAAACUGCUGUCCUUGGUAGUUGAAAGUUUCCCUUCUUAUAGAGAUGUGGCUGUAUAUCAGGGUAAAAGGAUUUCAUUUUACAAACGGGCUCAGAUACUUGUGGCAGAUACUUGGUGUGUUUUAGAAGGAAAAGGAGAUGGCUGCUUCAGUGACAUUUCCAGUAUCACUAUGUUUGCUGACUACAGACUACCUCAGGUUCUUGCUUACUUGGGAGCAGUAAGAUAUUCUGAUGAACUACUGAAGAAACUUCUUAAAGGAGAAAUGUUUUCAUCUGGGGAUAAACAAGAGGUGGAAAUCAGAGGCUGUUCUGUUUGGUGUGUUGAGCUGAUUCGAGAUCGACUUCUAAAACUUGUUGAAGAAAAGGGAGUAAAAAUCUGUAUAGAAAUAAAUUCAAUUCUUCUUGAUUAUUACUUAUGGGACUAUGCCAGGGAUCACAGGGAAGAUAUGAAAGGAAUUCCAUUUCAUCGCAUACGAUGCAUAUAUUAUUGAUUAUAAUAAGUUCUAGUCAAUCAGACCCCAGAGUUUUGUAACAUAUAAUCAGCUGUGCACCUUGUCUUUUAAUAUGGUUAACCAGGAAAAACUAUAGCACAAACUAUGGGGAAGAACAAGGAUUAUUUCACUCUUUCUUAUCUACUACUGUGCAUUCCAGAUUUGAUUUUUUGUUUGAUCAUGUUUUAUUCUUUACCUCUUAGUGCUCUAAUUUCAGUAUUCCAAUUUUUCUUACUGCAAAAUUUCUUUUAAAAAGUUAAUCAUAAGGACAGCUAGGUGGU